AGCCCGUUUCUAUUUGCCUUGGUGAUGGAUGAAUUGACGCGACAAAUACAAGGUGAGGUGCCUUGGUGUAUGUUGUUCGCAGAUGACAUAGUCCUGAUUGACGAGACUCGCAAUGGAGUUAACGAUAAGCUGGAGGGCUGGAGACAGACGUUGGAGUCUAAAGGAUUUAAAUUGAGUAGGACCAAGACAGAAUACUUGGAGUGCAGGUUCAGUGGCGUACCGUGUGAGGCUGAUGAGAAAGUGAGGCUUGGUACCCAGGCCAUUCAAAAGAAAGGAAGUUUCAAGUAUCUUGGGUCUAUUAUACAGGGAGAUGGGGAUAUCGACGACGAUGUUUCACAUCGUAUUGGUGCAGGGUGGAUGAAAUGGAGACUCGCCUCGGAGUCUUUGUGUGAUAAGAAAGUGCCUCCAAAACUUAAAGGCAAGUUCUACAAAGUGGUGGUUAGACCGACUUUAUUGUACGGAGCGGAGUGUUGGCCAGUCAAGAAAUGUCACGUGCAGAAAAUGAAAGUCGCCAAAAUGCGAAUGCUGCGGUGGAAGUGUGGACACAAUAGGAGGGAUAGAAUUAGGAAUGAAGAUAUCCGAGACAAGGUGGGAGUGGCAUCGGUGGAGGACAAGAUGCGGGAAGCGAGGCUGAGAUGGUUUGGGCAUGUGAAGAGG